CUUACAACCCCCCACGACCUCUUGCAAACUCUGGCAAACUUCCGGAAACUCCUGGGCCAAUUAGGGGCAGCGUGCCCACUGUCUUCCAAACUCUUGCCUCCGCAAACUCUUGCAAACUUCCGGAAUUACUAUGCCGUCCGUUGAGCUGCUAUAGUUCUUAUGUCGCAACUAGAUGUCUUGUCUGCCCGCUUUAAAGCCCGCCUAGACCAGUAUAAAGUCUUUCAAAGCCUACCGAACGCUCUGCAGCGUUUUUAUUAUCCUGUUUAACUUGUGCUGCUGUGUCAAGGGGGGCGUUUGGUGCCCUCGCCGUCGGUUCCUAGGUGUCAGGGUUACCGCCAGCGUCCCCAACGUCGUCUAAAUAUGGCGACGGGCUCGACGGAUCCGGGUGUGGAAGACGUGACGGCGACUGACGGACGUCGUAGGCUCGAGGGCGUAGACUGGUCGGAUAGAUCUAGUAAUGGGAAAGACGGGGAUUCGAUUGCAUAUGCUUAUACGCGAUAUAGACGUGGUUGUGUAGGUAACUGCUAUAAUGCAUCGAGACGCAGUGGUCGUAGGGGUUAUUGGACCGGGCCGCCCACUACUAGCCCACCUGUCAUGCUUAAAUCAUCGAGGUGUAGAUAUCGGAGCCGAAACGCUGGUGAUCGCUGCGGUAGACAAGGUGGCGCCUGCUCAGGCCACGCCAGGAGGCACCGUGUUGACCAGCGGCCUUCAGCUUCAGUCGCUUCGAUCCAACGAGGAGGCUUGUUUCAGUUAGAGGUCGGUAUCCGUCAGGUUGUGGUUAGGGGUUGCAUGAGCCCGUCUGGCCAUGCGCGGGGCUUUUGUCGCUCACUCUUCACUCUUCUAAGCGUACAUUGGACUUCUAUCUCCAUUCAACUAAACACUCAUGACACCUCCGCACAUGGCCUUGAUCUGAUGAACGAGAUUGACCCUCGCGAUGUUAUUCUCUGGCUGUUGCCGCAUAGGGGCGAGGGUUUCGACGGCGCAGCGUUUGCGACCGCCAAGCCAGAGAACAAGUUGCGAUUCGUCGCAGCCCGCCACGAUUCGCCCAAGCAACGCGACAUCCCUCGAGAAGAACGAGCUGGAACGGAACUCCCAGUCGAGUACGGGCUGUUCGAGAAUACUGAUUGCCUCGUGUUCUUGUUUAGUCAUGGUGCGAGGACCUCUGUUGGUGUGGUAGGCGGGUGCACCAUCGACGCCGACUUCUCUCUCCAGGACAUGCCGGGUGUCAGCAAAUAUCACUUCACCAUCACCUUCGACGAUCAGAACCUACCAAUAAUAAGAGACUUAGGCUCCACGGGCGGGACCAAAGUUACCUACAAUGGGGAGAAGGGGCAGCGCUUGUCCAGCUUCGACUGGCCCCUGGUGGGCCCCAGCAUUGCCAACGGCAAACCAUCGAUUCUCAACAUCACAGACCUGCUUCAGUUCAAGGUCAUUCUGCCUAAUCACGACUACACCUCUCCGGAGUACAUCGACAAGGUGAAGAAAUUCCGCACGGGCACGGGAGACCCCGAGAACCUGUUCGCCUCUCUCAUUAUCCAGAGCGCUCAAGGCACUCGACUCCCCAGCGGACAACAGACGUCAUCGACGGGCCCCCGCUCCCGCCCGAUCUUCUACAAGAAGCAAAUUGGCAAGGGUGCUUAUGGGGUCGUGACGUACGUAUGGAAUUUGACGACCAGAGAAGAGUAUGUUGUGAAGCAGCCGCUGCCAAAUCUCAUCAAAAGCCGCACCUUUGGCGAGACGACUUGGAGAAAAGAGGCAGAUAUAAUGCGGAGUAUUUCUCAUGAACAUAUCGUUGCGUUCCGAAAUGCGACCUUCUCUCCCUAUCCAAAAUUGGAAUUCGAGUACAUCCGUGGCGGCUCGCUCGACAGCUACACCAACCUGUCAACCUUUGAGAAUACGCAGGUGCUCUGCCAAUUGUCUUCGGCUCUGGAGUAUCUUCACAAUCGAAACCCUUCGAUCGGGCACCGUGACAUCAAGCCUGAGAACAUCCUCGUUGUUCAUAGGAGGGGAGCGGAUGGCAUCUACGUCAAGUUUGCCGACUUCGGCCUCUCCAAAGCGGCGGACAUUCUGAAGACAUGCUGCGGUACGCUGUUGUGGGCAGCCCCAGAGAUUUAUACUAAGGUCGCUGAUCCGGUUGGCGCUGCCGAGGAUACGUACAGCGUGGCCGUUGACAUCUGGUCUCUCGGCGCUGUCGUCGCUUCGCUGGAGUGUGGGCUCCCGAGUCAUGUCAACGACAGCUACUACAAGCAAGGCAGCGAGCUUCUCUACCUCAUCAUCGACAGCAUGCUGGUUGAAGACCCGGACAAGAGGUCGUCAGCAGAUUAUGUCACUACCGGGGCGGCGAAGCUCUUGCAAAGCAUGGCCAACGAGUCAGAUGACGAAGGCACAGCUACGCCAAGGGCCUUCUCCAUUAUCGGCGCCCAGUCCGUUGCGGGAUCUGAGGGUCUCGACGAGAAUAGCGACAGCGGCAGCGUGACUGAUGCUGAAGAAGAAGAAUGGGAGUGGCCAGAAGCCCCAGGCGCUGAAACUCGGCAGAGCCAGGUUCUAGAAACCACUGAGGUCGUGCCGCAGGGAAGCACGGUGGAUGGCUUGCUGUGGGGCCCUGGAGGCCCUGAGGGAGCAAGCUUCGCGAGCAGCGACGGCAGCCAGGCUACAGAACGCGGCACUGUUGAGGCCGCCCAGGCCGAGGAGGACACGCAGGAAGAGGAGAACACGCAGGAAGAGGAGGACACGCAGGAAGAGGAGGACACGCAGGAAGAGGAGGACACGCAGGAAGAGGAGGACACGCAGGAAGAGGAGGAUGACGCAUUCUUAGUCGCUGACCACCUCCUUGGUGGCGACCAAGUCGGGGGAGAUGGGGAGCGUGAUGCCGUCUCGGCCUCCAGGGGAAGUUGUCGUUCAAUGCGCAAGAGAAGCUGGCCAGCGUAUCCGCCUUCAGCAGGUCAACAACGUGCCAUCAGCCAAGGACCACCGGAUCCCAAACGGAGCAGGAGGGAUGGGUCGAUGAGCAGGGACUUGUCUGGAGGGCCAGAGCGAUUGCGUGGUGGGCAUGGGCCUGUACAUAAGAAGAAGCCGAACAGUGGUAGCUCUUGAGUAUAGGGUAGUUGAAGGUCAGGAACAGGUGUACAGCAGCGUGUCAAGACCGAUACGUCGAGGUGUUAUAUAGUUUCAGGGAGAAAAGGAGCUCUGUAUUGAGAAGUAGGGGCGGCAGAAGGCCCUAUAUAUACACCUGUUGAGGGGGGGGUCAGGUGACCCGUACAGGGGCCUGAAACAGGUGGCUUUUCGUCGCUAACAUAUAGUGUUGAGGAGAAAGAGGGUUGAUGUGAUGUCUGAGCAGCUAGCCCUCCCAAAGGACGGCGGCCACAGUAAUUAAUCCUUUUGCG